CGACGACGAGCGGCUCUGAGAGCGCAGACCACAAGAAAACACAGCCAAGUAGAGAGGGGCAGAGGACCACCUGGACCUAGCGAAGAAGACGCAGACCGUAGCAAGGAGAUGAGAUUCCUCAGUAGAAGCUUCAGCCUCCAGGACAUGACGCUGAUGUACCUGACCAUGUUGGCCACCUUGGUGGUGAUCCUCGUGGCGUCUUACCAAGCAGGUAGCACCCCAGGUUACCGCCUGCCCUACCGCAUGCCACUGGACCCCAGGGGAGACCUGAUGCUCUCGUGGAAUGUGAGCUACCCAAAGCAGGAGCUCUUCCUGGAGCUGAGGGUAAGGCAGCUCCGCUACGGAGUGGUCCUCGGGAUGUCAGACCGGGGAGAGAUCUUCAAUGCCGACCUGGUUGUCCUCUGGAACGAUGGACAGAAGUCUUACUUUGGGGAUGCAUGGAGUGACAGCAAUGGUCAUGUGACUCUAGACAGCCAGCAGGACUACAAGCUCAUAGAGGCACGGCACACGUCGGACGGAUUCUGUUUACUGUUCAAAAGGCCCUUCAGCACCUGUGACUCCAGAGAUUACCUCAUUGAGGAAGGCACUGUUCAUUUCAUUUAUGGCAUGUUGGAGGAGCCACUCCUCUCCAUCCAGCAGCUGAACCUGUCCCUGCUCGAUCCCGGUGUACAACGCGUGCUCCUGCUCCGGCCGGAAAGCCCUACCCCGCCACUUCCCCAUGAUGUCCGCACAUUGGAUGUGGUUGCACCUGAUAUCACCAUCCCUGACCAGGAGACCACGUACUGGUGCCACAUGUACCAGCUGCCCCCUGACAUGCCCAAGAACCACAUUGUUAUGUACGAGUCAGUGAUAACCCCUGGAAAUGAGGCCAUUGUCCACCACAUAGAGGUCUUUGAGUGUGCCCCCCAGCUGGACAAUGUACCUCAGUACAGCGGAUCCUGCGACUCCAAGAUGAAGCCCAAGAAGCUCAACUACUGCCGACACGUGCUAGCAGCCUGGGCAAUGGGGGCAGAGGCAUUCUACUACCCCCCUGAUGCUGGGCUUUCUAUGGGGGGACCAGGUUCGUCUCGAUUCCUUCGCUUAGAGGUGCACUAUCACAACCCUCUCCUUAUCUCAGGUCGCCAGGACUCUUCUGGGAUCCGCCUCUACUACACACCGACCUUGAGAAAAUAUGAUGCUGGCAUCAUGGAGCUUGGCCUGGUCUACACCCCUGUGAUGGCUAUUCCCCCUGGAGAGCGGGACUUCCUCCUCGUUGGAUACUGUACCUCCAAGUGCACCCAGACAGCACUGCCCCCAGGAGGAAUCAACAUCUUUGCCUCCCAACUGCACACCCACCUGGCUGGUCAUGGAGUGAGGACCGUGCUGGUGAGAGGAGGCAAGGAGGUGGAGAUUGUGCAGGAGGACAAGCACUAUAGUACCCAUUACCAGAUAAUCAGGAUGUUAAAGAAGAUGGUAAAAGUGCUACCGGGAGAUGCGCUGUUGACGCAGUGUGUGUACAACACUGAAGACAGGAAAGUGGCUACGGUGGGAGGCUUUGGGAUCAUGGAGGAGAUGUGUGUCAAUUAUGUGCACUACUACCCCCGCACCCAGCUAGAGCUUUGUAAGAGCCAUGUUGACACAGGGUAUCUGCAGAAAUACUUCACUUUCAUCAACAGAUUUCAAGGUAGGGACUCUUGCAGCUGUGGACAGCCCAGCGUGACGGAACAGUAUGUGUCGAUGUCCUGGGACAGCUUCAGCAGCCAGGUGCUCGGCUCCCUAUACAGCACCGCUCCCAUCUCCAUGCACUGCAAUCAGUCCACAGCGGAGCUCUUCCCUGGAGACUGGGAGAAACAGGAGCUGCCCCAAGUAACCAGCUUCCUCACAAGGCCCCAGUACCCAUGCGAAAGCUGCCCACGCACCAACGGCCGCUCCGGCUCUCCCACUGUUGUCCAGCAACAUGGAAACUAAGGCCUCAAUGCUACGUCAUCCUUCUGCAAGGUGGACCACAUGGCCACAUAUCCAGUGCCUUCGGUAACUCCACCUCCAGCUGAUCAUAUCAAUGUAGAUUCACUUUCCAAAACAUUAGAAACAACAAUUAAAAACUUCAAAAUGUGAAAAGUGCUCACUCUAGGACCUCUAUCAUCCAUUAUCUUUCAGCAUAUAAUUGCAAUUAAUUUCACAACACUAUCGAUCACAUCUGAGCUGUGGUUUUGAAGUAUGUUUGCAGUGGGAGUAAAUUAGGCAUUUUACAGCGGAACAAAACUUGAUUUUAAAACACAUUAAAGUCAUGUUUAUCACAUGUGAAAUGUGACUGUAGAAAUACUCUGUCAAAUAUUAUAUAUGGUGAACGCUGUUGCCAGACUCUGGCCUGUGUACUGCACUGUCUUGUCUUGUUUCUGCACUCGUCUGUUGUAUUUUUCUUUUUUACAAACUGCUCUGUAUGUUUUAUGCGGCACGGAGGUCCAAAGAGAAAGGGAGUUUCGUUCCACUUGGCGCAACUCACCUACGGGUGGGCAGAAUGACA